CCGGCCGAGAGAGUUAAAGUUGGCCGAAAGGACGGCUAAACGAUGCUGUACAGUCGAGUGACGAAGAAAGGAUAACAUUUGAUUUACUCAUCGAAUAGUGACUCCGUUUUCCGGAGAAGAUGGAUAUCAGAAUUCUUGCCCCAAGCCUUUUAUUUUUUCUCGCCUUUCAGCCUUGCUCGUCACGGCCGUGUUUAGAUCCGCUGAUCUCUCCUCUCUAUGCCUCAUCUUUCCACGCUUCCUCCAGAUAUAACUUUUUUUACUCUGCACAUUUUGCCAAACUGUAUGGGAGCAGCGGCUGGUCUCCGUCUACUCGGGACAGGCAGCCGUGGAUGCAGAUUGACUUGGGGAGGAAGUAUCGUAUCAUGGCCAUUGCUACUCAGGGUACCUUCAACUCUUAUGACUGGGUCACCAAAUACAUGGUGUUGUACGGGGACCGCUUCGACUCAUGGACUCCAUACGUCAUGAAAGGAGGCAACAUGACGUUGCCUGGCAACUGGAAUUACUACCAGGUGAAGAGGAACGUUUUUCAUUAUGCGUUCACUGCCAAACAUCUGCGCAUCUAUCCCAUGGGCUGGAAUACUGAGAAUGGGGGCAAGAUCGGCCUUCGUGUUGAGUUCUACGGCUGUCCAUACGACUCAUAUGUGAUGAACUUUGAGGGGGAUGAUAUGGUGGCAUACUCGUUCCCACGGGGCAGAAUGAGGACACUGCAGGACCACUAUGCUCUGAACUUUAAGACACUGGAGAAGGACGGUGUUCUGCUGCACAGUGAAGGUCUGCAGGGAGACUCCAUCACUCUAGAACUGAAGACUGGACGCCUCUACUUGCAUAUCAGCCUAGGGAGCAGUACAGUCCACAACACAAAUGGGAUGACCACAAUGAUGCUAGGAAACCUGCUGGACACCCAGCAUUGGCACUAUGUUACUAUCAAACGGUUUGGGCGGGAGCUGAACUUCACCCUGGACAGCCAGACUGAGACCACUAUCCUCAACGGAGAGUUCCAGCACCUUGACCUGGACAAAAAGAUUUAUGUUGGUGGCGUGAUUGAGAAAGACAUGCCACACCUGCCCAGUAAGGUUAACUUCCGUGGCUGCAUGGAGAACGUCUUUAUCAAUGGAAUCAACGUCAUCUACAUGACACAGAACCAGGAGCCUGAAAUACGACUAGCUCCUAAAAAGAAAAAGAUGCACUACAUGUGCCGUGAUCUCCUCUGGAAACCCAUGACCUUUGCAGGGCCCAAUAACUAUCUGCAGCUUCCUGGGUUUUUCCGGAAGAACCGUCUGGCGGUAAAGUUCAAGUUUCGCUCAUGGGACUACACAGGGUUACUGAUGUUCACCAGGUUUGCAGAUGAACUGGGCUCUUUGGAGUUGGGGCUUAGUGAAGGACAGGUCAACGUCACUCUCAUGCAACCUGGAAACAAAAGAUUACGCUUUGCUGCAGGGUACCGUCUCAAUGAUGGCUUCUGGCACACAGUGGACCUGACUGCCAAAGACAACUUACUGACUAUCACUAUAGAUGAAGACGAGAGCUCACCGCUAAAGAUCACCAACCCCUUUAUGGUCCGUACAGGAGACCGCUACUUCUUUGGGGGUUGUCCUAAAACCAAUAAUACGGCUCGCUGUGUGACCAAGCUGUCUCGCUUCCACGGCUGCAUGCAGCAGAUCUUCAUAGACGAUGAGCCGGUGGAUAUAGAUGUCAUGCUGCAGAGGAAAUGGGGCAGAUAUGCAGAAAUUCUGCUAGGCACCUGCGGGAUCACUGAUAGGUGCAGUCCAAACCCAUGUGAACAUGAAGGCAGGUGUAUUCAGUCAUGGAAUGACUUCUUGUGUGUGUGUAACAACACAGGCUACAAGGGGGAAGUCUGUCAUAACUCCGUCUACCGAGAGUCAUGCGAGGCCUACAGACUCAAUGGAAAAUACUGGUCAGGCAACUACACCAUAGACCCAGAUCUGAGCGGACCACUGAAGCCUUUCACCGUCUACUGCAAUAUGUUGCAAAAAACAUGGACCGUCAUCGACCACAACCGCAUGAAAAGCACCAAGGUGAGCGGGUCCACUAUAGAACGACCGUAUAUAGGAGAUGUCCAGUAUGUAAACGCAUCGUGGGAUGAAGUCACGGCACUAGCAAACACCUCCUUAUAUUGUGAACAAUGGAUUGAGUUCUCAUGCUACAAAUCACGCCUCCUCAAUACUCCACACGGAAGGCCUUACACUUACUGGAUUGGCCGGCAUAAUGAGAGUCAUGAAUAUUGGGGAGGAGCUUUCCCUGAAAGUGGAAAAUGUGGCUGUGCUGUCAAUCAAACUUGCACUGACUCAAAGUACUGGUGCAACUGUGAUGCCGACUACCGUCAAUGGCACUCAGAUAAGGGCUAUCUGUCGUUCCGGGACCAUCUGCCUAUCAGGCGUCUUGUCAUAGGGGACACUAACCGCACCGGUUCAGAAGCACAAUACAGUGUUGGAGCACUGUACUGCCAUGGAGACAGGAGUAUCUGGAACACAAUUGCUUUCACCAAGCCCACCUAUCUCACAUUCCCCACCUUCAAGCCUGGCACCAGCGCUGACAUCACAUUCCACUUCCGGACCUACCGAACCUACGGAGUGUUUGUGGAGGCCUCAGACGACCACCUUCGGAAUUUCUUACGAGUAGAACUCAACUCGACAACUGAGGUGGUGUUUAUUUUCAUGGUGGGCGACGGGAUCAGAAACGUGACCCUGCGCUCUCCAAAAGCUCUCAACGAUAAUGAAUGGCAUUAUGUAGAAGCUGAAAUCAAUGUGAAACUAGCACGUCUUAAAGUCGAUUUCCUGCCUCCAGCCAUUCACAAGUUCCCAGGCCAGACUUACAUCACUAUGGAUUUCACACAACCACUGCUCGUAGGUGCUGCCAAUCACACCUUAAGGCCUUUUCUCGGUUGUCUGCGUGGGCUGAGGAUGAACGGAGUGCCUGUGGAUUUGGAGGAAAAGGUUGACGAGAGCGCUGGGAUACGGAGGAACUGCACCGGAGCAUGUCUAAAUGCCUCCAUACCGUGUCGAAAUGGAGGCCAGUGCAUCGAUGGCUAUGCUUCAUACGCCUGUGACUGCAAUAACACUGGCUUUGAUGGCUAUUACUGUCAUUUAGAUAUUGGCGCGUUCUUUGAUGUGGGAGCGUGGUUGCGGUAUGACGUCCGCAAAGAGCCUAUUUCCUUUGACGCAUGGUGGGCGAACUUUUGGAUAGAGCCUCACUGGCACAACUUCACUCUGGGCUACAACACAACAACAGAUGACAUAGAGUUCAGCUUCAGUACACUACAGGCUCCAGCUGUGCUGCUGUAUAUCAGCUCCUUCAGCAAUGACUACAUCGCUGUCCUGCUCAAGAAAGAUGGCACUCUAUCGCUGAGAUACCGACUCGGGAUUAUAAGCUACAAAUUUAAGAUGACUGACAGAAAUAUGGCAGACGGUUUUCCUCAUUUUGUCAACAUCACCAGGCACAACUAUACUGUGUGGACGCAGGUGGAUUACAUGGAUCCGUGGAUUGAGAAGUUAGUACCAGGAGAAAUUCCCAGAUUUGACUCGCCAAAGUCUAUAUUUUUGGGUAGAGUCAUGGAGGUGGGAGGUGUGGACUAUGAAAUUCAGAGACACAACAGUCCAGGUUUUAUGGGCUGUAUAUCAGGGGUCCGCUAUAAUAUCUUCGCCCCACUGAAGGCCUACUUCAGACCCAAUGUGACCAAUCCACCGGUGACGACUCAGGGUUAUGUGGUGGAGUCCAAUUGUGGGGCAUUUCCUCCUGUUUUAGGAUAUGUCCCGUGGGAGGAUGACCCCUGGUUCACUGGCCUGUUCUUUUAUUACAUUCAUGAUGAUGUCACCCCACCUUGGAUGACAUUAAUCGUGACUGUGUCUCUGAUGCUGCUCUUCCUGAUCCUGUACGGCCUCUACAUUUACCUGUACAGGUAUAAAGGCAGUUAUCAUACCAAUGAACCCAAGCAGCUGGAGUCUCCCAGCUCGGCUCGGCCGCUAACUGACACUCUGCGCAAGGAUAGAAAGAACCUGCCGGAAAUACAGGAGGAAAGUCCUAAUGAAUAACACACCUACUAAAAGACUAGGGGUCGAUCGGAGGAAAAGCGCGGAGUACUGCUGGUUAUGAGGGAGGUACAAUGAGGAAGACUGGGGAAUGAGUUUCAAAUUUUUGCCUUUAUGGUAACGUGUCUGUAUAUUUAUUUUUCUGUCCCAUUAUUUUUUACAGUGUAAUCUGAUAUUUGGUGCUUUUGGCAGGGUUUAAUAUAGAAAAGCUAGAGACAAUUUACCAUCA